AUGAUCCAGGCGCGGCACCUCCAUUUUCCGAACCCCCUUCUCCUCGAGUCCGCCUGCCUCGCAGCCAGGCUCUCUCCCCGCGGACCGGGUGGGAGCGAAGGGCGGGAAAGGGAAGGGUUCGGGGGGGUGGGCGGAGGAAGGAAGGAGGCGAGGACCGCGGUGGUCCAGGCGCGGGGAUCGAGGCUGGAAGACACGGAGGCUAGACAGCGGCUGUGGCAGGAGCUCCGCGGGGAGGGUGCGCCUCCGGGAGAGACCGAGAGGGACCUGGCGCGAGGGCGGGAGGCGCGCGCGCUCCUGGCGGGGAGGGAGGGGACGCGGAGCGCCCGGAACGUGCGGGAGGAGGCGCGGCGCGGCGCGCGCACGCUCGCGAGAGGAGGACGCGCCCACCUGCCGGCGCGAGGCGCCCGCCCUCCCCGCGCGCGCGCGCGCGCACGCGCCCCCGGCUGCCCUCGCGCCGCGGGCCCCGUAACCCCGCGAGCGAGGCGUCGGACGGCGGAGCGCGCGGGAACGGCGGGCGGCCGGGGUGCCGCGUGCGCGCUCACCUGGCGCUGGCUCCCGGCGAGGGCGACCUGGCGUCCUUUCCCCACCCGGCAGUGUCCCUGGGAGCCCAGGUUGGCACUGCGGCUGGCGUUUCUGCACGGGGAGGUGAGGAGAAACUCAUUGUAUCCAGCUCACAGUGACUUAUGAGGCAUUUCUGCCAAGUGGAAUAUUCAUUUCUACCCACACCGAGGACCACUCCAAAGGCAA